AUGCAAAUCGUACCUUACAUGCCAAUUCAUCCAACUCAAUUAAAUAAUGAUAAUACAACAACAGAUGAGAAAACAAAAGAAAAAGAAGAAGACAAAUUAGUUGAUGAUAAAAUUUCAUUUUCUGCUAUAUCGGAUGAAAUAAAAUAUGAAAAUAAUGAUCAUCUUUUUAAAAUACCAUCAAUACCAACACCUUAUACAGUCGAAGAACCACCAUGCGAUAAUGUAACAAAACGAAGUUCAACGAUGAAACGAAGUUAUUCUCAAUCAAAUCAACAUAAUAAUAGUUUAUUAGUAACUGAAUUAAAACCAGACGUCGACGAUUUUUCAACUAGUCAUCAAUCACAAUCAGCUUAUUUUAUUAUUGAACCAACUACAACACCUUUAUCUCAAUCAUUAUCAAAUCCAUCAUCUUCAUCACUUUCAUCUGAUGGGCCAUCGAUUCGAAUAUCAGAAUUUGUUGAAAAUUCAUCAUCAAGUAAUGAAUUUGGAAAUAUAUUAGAUGAUGAUGAUGAUAUUGAUAUGCAAUCAGUUGCUUCAUCGGAUACAGGGGAUAAAAUGGAUGAUGAUUAA